AUGCCACCAAUUCGUGGUAAAAAAGCUCAGAAAUCAGUUGAUCAGGAAGGCAAAAUCCUGCUAGCAAUUAAGGCUAUCAAAAAUGGCCGGGCUACCUCCGUUUCCGCAGCUGCUCGCUUUUUUGAAGUCCCGCGGUCUACGCUGCAAGCCCAGCUGAAAGGGAGGACUAGUUGGUGUGAGACGAGGUCACCACGCCUUAAACUCACCCAGCUCGAAGAGGAAACAAUUCAGGAUUGGUUAAUCUCUAUGGACAAUAGAGGUGCUGCUCUUACGAUCGCCAUGUUGAGAGAUAUGGCCAAUUUACUACUCCGAAACCGUGGAGAUGACCCCCCCCCCCCCCCCCCCCCCCCCCAACCACAGACUGUCAGCAAAAAUUGGCCAACACAGUUCAUCAAACGACAUCCUUUGCUUUCUAGUCGAUACUCUCGUAAAUAUGACUAUCAACGCGCCGUGCUGGAAGAUCCAAAUGUCAUUAUUGAGUGGUUCAAGCUUGUUGAAAAAACGAUUGCUCAAUAUGGUAUCACUUCGGAUGACAUCUACAACUUUGACGAGUCAGGGUUUGCGAUGGGAGUGAGUGCGACCACAAAGGUCAUUACGCAGUCAGUCUACACCGGUCGGAGGGGCGUUUUGCAACCUGGCAAUCGCGAAUGGGUGACUGUCGUUGAAACAAUUUGCGCCUCCGGUCGAGCGCUCCCACCAUACGUUAUCUUCAAAGGCAAAAGAAUCAUGGAACGAUGGCUUAGUGACCUUCCAACACAUUGGACUGUUAACGAUACUUCAUUCCGCAAUCAUCUCACCCCGGAAUUCGACAAAAUUGGCCAGGAAAAUGACAUUGUUCCAAUCCGCAUGCCUCCGCAUGCCUCUCAUCUUUUACAGCCUCUUGAUGUUGGUUGUUUUGCGGUGUUGAAGCGAUCUUACGGAGGCCGGGUUGCGGAAUACACCCGAUUAGGCAUCGAUUCUAUCGAGAAAAACGACUUCCUCCAGAUCUUUCCAGAGGCUCGUAACGAUGCAUUCAAAGAGCCUAUCGUUAAAAGUGCCUUCGCAGCUACUGGUUUAGUGCCAUUAGACCCCGAUCGGGUGCUGUCAAAGCUGACUAUGCGCCUUCAAUCUCCGCGUCUACCGGAUCGACCAGUUUCGCAAGGUUCGACAUCAGGUAGCAAUAUCUCGACCGGUGUACCUCGGACGGCUAAGCAGUUAGCAAAACGCAAAGCUCGGAUCGAUUCUGGUCUGAGUUCAGCUGCUGAUAAGAUCAAUUCGCCUACAAAAGCUGAUCUUCAACAGUAUCACAAUAUGGCAGUCAAGCUGGUUCAUGGGGUUGUCUGCUUGAGGGAUAAACUCGAGCGUUCACUGGACGCGAAUAGAAAGCAGAACAAAAAGAAGUCAUUAUCAAAUAAGCAGUUAGUUCACAAAGGCAGUAUAACGGCGAACCCGGCUCCUCCGACUGAUAACCCGACCUUGAGCCUACACUCCCUGUUUUACCCCCUAUGCGCCGGCAAAUCACCUGUUCUGCGUGUGGUCAUAAAGGGCAUUCGAUGA